AUCCCAUGCACCCACUGCGCGCCGCGCUUGGCCGCACCCGCGCGCACCCUUCCAAACUCCACAGCGCCUUUCUGGUCCAGGCAAGAAAUCGCCCGCUAUAUAAAGGCCGGACCGUACACUGCUCAGUGCUCAGGCAUCACUCGAUCACAAGCGCUGUCAUAACUCAGCAAUUCACACUGCACUAGUGACAAGCGGAGCGGAGUACGUGACCGCGCGUACGGGGCAAUGGCUCGUCUGCUCGGCGCCUUCGUGCUGCUCGUCUUGGUUGUGGCCGUGGCGUCAGCGCGCGCCGACGAGCCGAGCGGCAGCGGGGCCGCCAUACGGCAGCUGCACGGGGGCGGCGCCCGCGGGAGGAAGGUGGGCGGCAGGACGGAGGUGCGGGACGUGGAGAGCGACAGGGAGGUGCAGGAGCUCGGCCGGUUUUCCGUCGCCGAGCACAACCGGCAGCACGGAUGCUGCGGUGACGGUGGCAGGCUCGAGUUCGUCAGGGUGGUCGCGGCGCAGCGGCAGGUGGUCUCGGGCCUGAAGUACUACCUCCGCGUUGCCGCGGCAGAGGAGGGCGCGGAGAACGGCGGCGAGCGCGUGUUCGACGCCGUCGUCGUCGUCAAGCCCUGGCUCGAGUCCCGCACGCUGCUCAUGUUCGCGCCGGCCGCCGCGAAUUGUGAUGUUUCGUCUUUGUUUACUCGAAAGGGCGCGGCAGGAUGGUCGGCAGCAGAAAACGUCGAGGGCAACAGGGAGGUGCAGGAGCUCGGCCUCUUCUGCGUCAUGGAGCACAACCGCCGCGGCUCCCACCGGCUAUUCUUCUCCAGGGUCGUGGCGGCGCAGACGCAAGUGGUCUCUGGGAUCAAGUACUACCUGCGCAUCGCUGCUUGUGACGGGCACGGCGCCGGCGAGCAGGUCUUCGACGCCGUCGUCGUUGUCAAGGCCUGGCUGCAGUCCCGUGUGCUCGCCUCCUUCAUGCCGGCGGCUGAGCAGCUGGGAUAUGAAUACCCUUAGCUGAAUCGUCGAAUCCUCCCAAGGAAGGUGAAGAUGAACGGCGAGCAUGCAUAUGUGCUGUGUCGUUGUUGCCUUAUGUCUACUUAAGAUGUGAUCUGCUGACUGCUGUUCUGUAUCAAGUGCG